GUCGGCCGGCUUUCCAGGCUCUUCUAGUAACUUCUACGGCCGAUAAAAGUGACUGAGGAGACAGACCGCGAGCAGCUCAGCACCGACAUGGCCAAGUGGGGGCAGGGAGACCCGAGAUGGAUCGUGGAGCAGAGGGCGGACGCCACCAACGUCAACAACUGGCACUGGACGGAGAGGGACGCCACGGCCUGGUCCAACGAUAAGUUGAAGGAGCUGUUCCUGGCGGUGUCUGUGGCGGGGGGGGAGGGCGAGUGCGAGGUGACGGAGGUCAGUAAGAUGGAGGGCGAGGCCUCCAUCAAUAACCGCAAAGGGAAACUCAUCUUCUUCUACGAGUGGGACAUCAAACUGAGCUGGAAAGGUGAGCGCGCUCCGGCGUCUGCGUGCGCCAUUCCAUGA